CAACAGGAUAUCAAGCGUUUGCCCCAGCUGGAUCAGCAAAUCAUCUCCCACAUCUGGUCCCUCUUUGGAUCCGCACCAGCAAGCCAUCGUCAGCUGGUCCUCAGUGGUCUCCUGACACAAUGCUGUGUCCCCCAGCUCUCCUUUCUAUCCAACCAUCUGCAGCCACUGCUGCGAAUCGAUUUCCUGUCCAUCACCCCGCCCGAGAUCGCUUUCCGCAUCCUCUCAUAUCUCGAUGCGACCUCGCUCUGUCAUGCAGCCCAGGUCUGUAAAAGCUGGAAACGACUCGCGGACGAUGAUGUGGUCUGGCACCGCAUGUGUGAGCAGCACAUUGGACUGAAGUGCACAAAGUGUGGCUGGGGACUGCCCUUGCUCGAGAAGAAGAAGGUCCGGACGAAGCGGUAUCUGGAUCAGCAGCAACCACCAGCACCACAGCAGCAACAGCAGAGCACGACACCUUCAUCUGGUUGGCCCAGUCGACGUCGCAGCGCAUCGAACGACAACGAUAUCGAGACGAAUCGUUCGCAAAAGCGACCCCGCCACGCAUCUCGCUCUCCCUCUCCCUCUCCCUCUCCGACCUCCAACUUUGGUGCGAAGCGCACCACACCACUGUUCCAAUCACCGGAGCCCCCAGUGAAGCCGACGGAAGUUGCCACUAAGCGCCCAUGGAAGGAGAUCUACUCUGAGCGUCUGAUUGUGGAGAGAAAUUGGAGGAAACGCAACUACCGACUCAAAGUCUUCCGUGGCCAUACUGACGGAGUGAUGUGCCUGCAGUUCGACGACUCGUUUCUGAUCACGGGCUCCUACGACAACACAGCUAAGGUCUGGAAUAUCGAAACAGGCGAGUGCCUGCGCACCUUGACUGGACAUGCGCUCUGCGUGCGCGCUCUGCAUUUUGAUGAAGCAAAGUUGAUCACAGCAUCUAUGGACAGGACUCUCAAGAUCUGGAACUAUCAUACCGGCCAAUGCAUCCGUACCCUGCAGGGCCACACGGACGGAGUUGUGACCCUCGACUUUGAUUCACGCAUUCUCGCUUCGGGAUCGGCGGAUGCGACCAUCAAGAUUUGGAACUUUGCGACGGGGGAAUGCUCCACGUUGAAAGGACAUCGCGACUUGGUCAACAAGGUACAGAUCUACAAGAAGAAAUUGCUGGUUUCAGCGAGUGACGAUACGACGGUCAAGUUGUGGGAUAUUGCAACACGGACGUGUCUUAGGACGUUCAGCGGACAUGUGGGACGCGUGCAGUGCCUGCAGACAUCGGGCGAUGCACUGAUCUCGAUCAUUACGGACCGUAUUCGUAACUGCGCUCAGGAAGGAUCGUCUUCACAGACUCGUGUGAAUGGAUCGCAGGGGGGUGGUGUGCAGGCGAAUGUAUGCAGCAUCAACCGCUCGGGCGUAGUCGAAAAUACUCCGCCAUCCCCUCUGCAGGACCCGAACUCGGAUACGGAGACCAGGACCAUGAUGCCGAUUAUUGUGACAGGAGGACUGGACAACACACUCAAGGUCUGGGACGUGGAGUCAGGCGAGUGCCUCAACACGUUGUUUGGCCAUGUUGAGGGUGUAUGGACCUUGGCGUUUGACAAGCUGCGCAUCGUGUCGGGUAGUCUGGACAGGACGAUCAAAGUCUGGGAUACGGAGAGCGGCCGGUGUCUGUAUACGCUGUCGGGACACGAGGGCCCGGUAACGUGCAUUGGCCUUGGGGAUACCAGGAUUGUGAGCGGCUCGGACGACGGCGUUGUCUUUGUGUGGGAUUAUGGUGUUCGGACCUAG